CCAGAGGACGUCAGUCGCCGCCCAGCCGCCCGCCGCGCGCCACGCACCCUCGCGCCGCCGCGCCGCCCCACCACCGACUACUCGACUCACUUACGCUUCAUCACGUACUGAAUUCGGGUUUUGCAUAUUUGAGCCUCGCAAAAAUCAACAAAUAUCUCUCCCGAAAUAAAAGCUUUUAAACGUCGCAAAUUAAGUUCGGAUAUCGGAAAAAGAACUGAGAUCGUUCGAAGUUUACAGAGUGCCAACGGAUAGCGAAGGAUUCUCCGCGCCCUCAUAAUGUAUUUCGCUUGAGGCUAGGUGAAGUGUGGACUACAUCUGGACUGGUGCGACGAUGAGUUAAUCCGUGAACGUUUCCGACGGUACUGUGUAUUGAGAUGAGUGUUACAUGUAAUUGACUGGAUAGGAGUUGAAUGAAAUGAGUGUUGCAAUAAAUUGACUGAUCAGUGCAUGGUUUCAAAUGAGUGCUUUGUUCAACUGAGUGGUGUACCGCAGCCAUGAGUUUCCUGACGUCGCUGGGUCAGUAUGUGGCGGGCGUGGCGGACAGCGUGGCGGGGCUGGCGCUGUCGCCACGCCGCGCGCCGCCCUCCCGUCAUCGCUCCGCCGAGGAGUCGCAGGCGCACCCGCCGCCACCAUCUACAGCUACCAUGAGAGGGUUUCCUCGCGUGGUACCAACGGAAGGAGCGUCAGCACUGAGUGCUCGGCGCCGCACGCUGGACUGCCUGGCGCCCGCGCCACCACCUCGCCGUGGAGGGUCACUGCGCGUGCCUCGCAACCAGCAGCCGCCGGAGAAACCCACCAUGGCAUUCUGCAAACGACGCCUCUCUUGGCCUGAAGUUGACAACUCUGUCAAUUCCGGGGUCCAAGACACAGACGGCUCAUACUUCGAGAACUUUACUGCGCUGUCAUGGCGUCAUGAGAACAGGCGCCUGGCAGCGCUGAGGCUGGUGGAAGCGCGCUCCGAGAGGGCACCGCCUGCCCCGCACGACCUCGGCCUCCCCAGCGUGUCUGCACAGCUGUCGCACAAGGAACACGAACAUCUGUAUACAGAGGUGCUGUACUGCAUCGAAAAUGCAGUGGGUGCGCCGGCCCCUGAUGGUCAAUUCGCAGCUUACAAGGAAGAGGUGGUGGAACACGCCCGCCGAGCAUUCAGGGUGUCUCCCGAGGUGCACGCGCGCGCCAUGCGCUCUGCUGGUAGCGAGCGACCGCCUACUGUCGUGCUCGGCUGCUCAGUACUCGAAGCUGAUGGAUUGGAAGCUAAAGACGCUAAUGGGUUCAGUGACCCAUACUGCAUGUUGGGUAUCCAGCCAGCAUCUCUGCCGGCUUCUCCUCGCGCCUCCGAGGACGAAGGACGCAAGCAUGGCUUCAGGCUGAGCUUCAAGCGUCGGGAUGGCCGCCAGCAGCGCGACAGCCUUGGUAGACUGCCAGCGCGAUACAUACGAGCCACUAGCGUCCGACCUCACACGCUCUCGCCAAAGUGGAAUGAGACGUUCAAAUUCGAUAUCGAUGACAUCUCUUCGGAUGUCCUGCACCUGGAUAUCUGGGACCACGACGACGAGAGUUCGGUGCUGGAUGCAGUGUCGCGACUCAACGAGGUCCGAGGAGUUCGUGGCCUCGGACGCUUCUUCAAACAAGUCUGUCAGAGCGCUCGUCAAGGCAGCCAGGAUGACUUUUUAGGCUGCGUGAACAUUCCUCUUCGCGAGAUUCCUUCAACUGGCGUAGAGGCGUGGUACAAGCUGGAGGCUCGCUCCCAGCGCUCGUCAGUGCAGGGCCGCAUUCGCCUGAGACUGUGGCUGUCAGCUAGAGAGGCAGGCCGCCAUGAUGACGACAACUGGCAGCAGGUGCGGCAACACGAACGCCUAUUUGGCGUGCUACUGGCACAUGAAGUGGAGCUCCAACGCGCUGCUGCCGCGGCCACAGCUGCCGCCGCCGCAGCCGCCGCAGCUGCCGGCGAGCCCGAACCCAGCGCCGCCACCCCCACUCCUCCAUGGGACGGAGACCUGUGUGGCGCUGCGCAGACUUUGCUCCACCAGCAUGCAAUACAAGGCGACCUCAGCGCGCUUCAAGCAGCUAUUGCCCGAUUUGCCGCAGCAUGCCGAUUAAAUGCUGAUGCGCCUCUUGAUCCCAAGUACAUGCACAAACUGCUGAUUGAGUUGGAGCGCGCGUGGUGCGCGUGUGAAGCGAUAUCAGGCAGCGGCAGUGGAGACUCGGGCUCGGGAGCAUCGCGCGACGAGGAGCGCUGGCUAGCCGACUGCUUCGGGGAGUACGUAGACCGCGCCCUGCACCAGCUCCGACUACAUCGCGACUUGUACCCGGUGCUGCACCAGUACAGCAUUAAUAAGUUGGAAUAUCUACUACGAUGCUUGAGUCAGCUAUCACAAAUGAAGGCUUUCUGGCGUUGCUGCCCCUUUAACAAAGAAAUAAGGAGUGAGAUAGUGAGCGCUCUCCGCAAAGGCACAUCCGAGUGGUACGAGGCUCUAUGCGGCCAGGAUACACAUUCUGAACGAGGGGAAGACCUCGUCAACCUCAUCACGCUCAUACAAAUCGACUUGCAGCAGGGACUCACCUACUAUCACCCACUGUUUGAAACGACUAAUAAUGUACCGUACUUCAGCAUAGUUUUUACUCAGAUAGACAAAAUGCUCUCAGAGGAUGUGAGGCAGUGCGUGGAGCACUGGGUUAUUGAAGGGUGGUGUGGCGUCGUUGAAGAACCGAUGUAUGAUGAACAAGGGAAUGGUGUGUGCCUGGUGACGAUAGCGAAGACUCUGCCGUUUGAAGUGUUAUCAGCGGUGCGCGAACUAUGCGCGGCCGCAUCCGUCGCGCCGCAGCCGCAGACGCAUCCCCAUGCACCGCACGAUCCGCCCCCACAGCUGCUUGAUGCGUAUCUGUGGUUUGAGCCGCUGAUCGAUCGAUGGCUCGCCGUCACCAAAACUAUGGCGCUGCAAAGAGUUCGAGCUGCCGUCGAACUUGACAGACCCGUAGAGGGGGAGCAUCUUGUAAAACACAGUACGUCGUCGGUCGACACUGCAGCCUGUUUAUACCACAUGCGGCUGGUGUGGCGGUCGGUGGGCGGUGCGGAGGAGUGCACCGCGGGCGGCAGCGUGCGUCUGCUAGAAGCUGCCUGUGCCACAGCACUGCACUAUGCCGACCUCGUCCACGGCGCACUGGCAGACCAGGGAUACUACGAGAACUACGGUCAAAACAAAACUACUGAAGAAAUAUGCACGAUCGUGAACAACUUGGAAUAUGUGCGACGCUCUCUAGCGGAGUACGACGACGAACACAUCGUGAAUGACGACAACGCACGUCAGCUGGUGCGAGGUGCCAUCGGAACUCUGGAGGCGCGAGCUGCCCGCGCCGCCGCGCCUCUCGCCGCGCGCGCACGACCACCGCUACGGAAGGCCGUGUUCCAUCUAGCGUGGUCCCCCGAUACGCUACCCACUACACAGGCAAUAACUCCUCUACUGGAGUUUCUGGAUCAACACCUGUCUUCGUUGAACACGUGGCUGCUGCCUCGUGCGUUUAUACGCGCGUUGGCUGGUUGCUGGAGCGGCGUGCUCAAAGAAGUGUCCGCGCAAGCCGACGCGGGCGGAGCCGAGCGACCGCGCGUGUAUCAUCAUAGACUCAGAGAGGCACUCGACUUGUUAGCCGAAUUUUUCCACGCUGAAGGAAAAGGUCUCCCGAUGUCGGAGGUGCACAAUGCUGAGUGGUUCCGUGUGGAACAAAGGAUGGAAUAUCACCAGGCGCCCACCGAGAAACUAUUGGAGCUGUGGCUAGCGGACAGGCUCGCUGAACAAGCCCGCACUCCGCUGCCCUCACGAUACGGCUCCAUUCUUGUACGAGUGUACUUCAACCACGACUCGCUGUGCGUGGAGGUGCUGUCUGCUCGCGACGUGAUCCCGCUCGACCCCAACGGCUUGAGCGAUCCCUUCGUGGUGCUUGAACUGGUGCCCAAGCGACUGUUCCCCAAGGCGCAUGAACAAACAACCAAUGUGCAGAAGAAAACCCUGAACCCUAUAUGGGACGAGUGCUUCGAGUUCGCCGUAUCACUGGAUGCUUGCCGCUUCCCUGGCGCGGCGCUGGCACUAUCCGUGUGGGACCGCGACGUGCUGACGGCGGACGACUUCGCGGGCGAGGCGUUCGUGUCGCUGGCGCGGGUGCCCGGCGUCAACAGCCACGCGCCGCCCGACCCGCUGCGCCCCAUCGAGUUGCCGCUCAUGCAGCUCCAUGACCGCAAUCAUCCCAUCAUACAAAUUUUGGAGUCACGUACUACGGAUAAACUGGCCAUUGACUUCGUCAAGAAACAAAAGUUAAGAUUCGCUGAACAGUAAGUUGUCUGACAAGUUUCAAGCAUCUGUUUCUUACUACAUGUAUUUCGUUAUUUCUAUUUACGCACAACGUCCAUUAAAAUGUUGACAAUAUAUACUUAAAAAGAAUACAAAAAUGAAUUCAAUAUUUUUUAAACUUUUUAGUUAUUGAUUACAUACGUAUUUAUUAUUGUUAAGAUGUAAAAAGCGUCAUCAGUAUUAACGUAUGAAAUACUACAAAGACUGUGUAAUUCUUCUACUCACGAGAGAAUAUGAAUGUAAAAAGGUAUUGUGUAUGUGUAAAUUUCAAUGCAUUUUAUAUGUGUAUAGAGUUAGUACGCACCCUCGGAGCUUAUGUCCCUAGUCGUUAGUCUCUAUUAGAAGUUCCCGACCAAGUACUUUAAGGCUCGUUGUUUACAAUUUCAUAUACGUGCUGCUGUUCUACACCUGCCUUCAUCUUCUACAUGGACUUAUUACUGUUGAGCACUUUCCCCACCAAACAUAAUUAUCAUGGUGUUAGAUAUCGUACACCGUAACUUUGUCGACGGUAUAUGUAUAUAAAUAAACUUAAAUGCAAUUUACAUUACAAUACCAUAUUGCUCGAUUAGCAUUUUGACCCUCAGAUUUAUGUGUUGUACCUAUUUAAAUCCGUGCUUGGUAAAUAUUUGCGAUACGUUAUUAUUUAUGUUCAACCCUCAAAGUUGUUAUUUAAAUGUUUUGUGGCUUCUCUCUCCGGAUUGGGAUCUUACGAUGAUCUAUUGAUGUCGGACUCACAAAGAGUAUUCAAACUUUCAUUCAAUUCAAACAUUAGUUAAGAAGUUACAUGAGUUUUAUAUAACGUUAUAUUUGAAAUGAUUAUAUCCCGAAGUGACAUCCGAAUGAUUUCAAAAUUAUUUAUACAAUUAAAUAUUAACCAUUAGGUAUGGUGCGUAUUUCACAGCUCGAUCAUUGGGGAAAAUUUUAUUAUUUAUAAAAAAUAUUGUGUACAAAAAUUUUAUAAAACUUUAUGCAUAUAUUUAUAAAACGAGCUUUUUAUUACCAACUGUCACAUCUACUACUUAAUAAAGAAUAUAUAAUUUAAAUUAUAUUAUACUGUAAUAUAUAUGGAAUGCAUUGUCUUCGACGACUGAUUUUCAUCGUUAGAUUUAAUUGUAUGAGAUAUAUUUUAUAACUAUACGUGGCGUAUGUACACUGUGUAUACAAGUAUAUUAUUGUAAUAGAUGAUGUAUUGAUGUUUUAAAUUAGCAAAUGAAUAUUAUAUACCUACUUUAUACAUGUAACAAUUAGUGUAAAUCGAAUGUUAAAGAUAUUGAGGUGGAUUUGUAUCUAACGAACACGAGAAAUCGUAUGUAACGGAAGGACGCGCCAGAUUUAUUAUGUUUCAUGAACGUACGAGAAGAGAACCAAGUUAUAGAGUAGUAGCAACCACUCGGCGGUGCGAUAUACUCGUACAGACUUUCUUAUAGAUUGAAGAAACUGAAAUGGAAUACUAAAGAAGCAACUUGGGAAUCCGGUUAGCCAUAGUAGAUAUAAUUCAAAAUCUUAAUUUUAAAUUAAUGUGUGACAGUUAAAUAAUCAAAUAAUAUAUAAGAAAACCAUUCGUAUAUGAUGAUGUUGUAAACUUUCUGCGCUCCUGUGUACUUACGAACACACUGUAGUAUAAAUUGUGAUUGAUGGAUACCUACUCCGCACCUAAUAGCAACCUCGAAGUCAUAUCCAGAGCUACCCUAACCAUAUCGCUGAGCUUUUAACGUCUACCUAAGAUAUAUGUAUUUUAAAGUUUAUACCUGCGCAGCGGGCCCGCGUCGAGAUGCCAAUCUAAGUAAUCGAUGCACUACCGCUUAUAUGCCAUGCUGUUUUUGAUACGUUGGUGAAACCUUCAUAUUAUUAUAUAUCUUAUAAGCAUAAUUAAAUCAAAAUUUAUGAUCCUUUGGCUGAACAAGACCAUUCCAAAAGUCAAUUAUUUAAAAUAGGCUACAAAGACAACAUAUUAUACAUUCAAAAUCUAUAUAUUUUGGAAAGUAUUGCUCAUGAGAAGAGUCAUGUGCCAGCGAUCGACUUUUUUUAUAUAAAAUCAUUAUUAUACAAAAACUUUUUAUAAAAUUCUACUGCUCACCGACCCAAUAAGUAGAAAACUAAAAAUAUUAUGCGUACCUUUCUAAUAUAAAGCAACAAUGCAUAUUUAAAUGAAAUAAAAAUUGCGAUGAACGUAUUACAGCUCGCUAUAAAACUACUGCUUCCCUGAUUUACCCUUCGACUUUAUCGUUUGAUGUAUGUUAUCGACGUUACGCCAAUCUAUAGAAAUAUAAGAAACCGUUAGUAUUGAUAUUGAUGUACCCGUACCACAUAUCUAUUUGUGUAAUUUAUAGAACUCUGUGAAAUCUAAAACCACUGCAUUCUGUGACUGAUUCAUUCAAAAGCGUGACUUGAAGUUGUAUGUACUAUUGACACUUGUGUUCCUGGCUUUAAUAAACUCUUAA